CAGAAAACCAAUUGUCUGCUGCUUCGAGCGAGCAGAUUUAGGGUUUCACCCACAUUGAAAAAAAGCUUCGAGAUGAGGAAAAGAGUUAUCCGCGGGAGCGUUCCUGUUACGAAUCUCGUUCUAGAAUCAUUUGGGAAGGGAUCAACGGUGGAAGAGAUCGUAGAUGAGCUCCGUUUGAAGCACCGUGAAUGGGCUCGUUGGAAGCGCCAGAUUCUGUUGGUCAAAGUUAAGAAUAUCGUAAAUUCUAGGAGGAAACAUGAAGAUGAAAGUAGUGGAAGUAGGAAGAAACAGAGGCGAGAUGAUCUCGAACAGAGGAAUUCGGAUUUAUGUAUAUCAUCACCUUCUUCUGGGUCCUCAUCCGGCAAUGUAUUGACAUCGGACGAUAAUAUGCAGUUUGAUAUUACUAAUGAUAGUCUACGCCUUUCUUACUCGGAUAAGUCCAGGACGCCAAUUAGUCUUUCGCAUGUAGACAAAGAGAAGAAGAAAGCUAGUGAAGAGGCAAGUAAGGGUUCGUAUGAUGUAGAGGUAAAAGGACCAACCUUUAAGGACUUGGGUGGGUUAAAUGGUAUUUUAGAUAAGCUCGCAUUUGUGGUGAAACUCCCUCUCCUAUGUCCUGACAUCGUACAAGCUAUUGGUAUGAAACCUAUUUCUGGGUUUUUACUUCAUGGUCCACCUGGUUGUGGCAAGUCUACACUAGCUUGUGCCAUCGCCAACGAAACUGGCGUGCCCUUUUAUAUGAUUUCCGCUGCUGAAUUGGUUUCUGGUGUUUCCGGUGAAUCUGAAGAGAAUAUCAGGGAACUCUUCUUUAAAGCUUAUAGGACUGCACCCUCCAUUAUAUUUAUUGAUGAGAUUGACGCAAUUGCAUCAAAGAGGGAGAAUCAGCAGAAAGGUAUGGAUACACGUAUCUUGACUCAGUUACUGAGUUGUAUGGAUGACAAGUAUAUGCUCCUUAAGCACAAAGAGAAGAACGUUUCCUCUGGUGACCCUGGUUUUAAGCCUGGACAUGUAGUUGUAAUUGGAGCUACCAACAGGCCUGACGCUCUUGAUCCUGCGUUGAGGAGAUCUUUGCGAUUCGACCGGGAGAUCUGCCUUGGUGUCCCAGAUCAGAAAGCCAGAGAAGAGAUUUUCUCUGUGGCAACCCGCGGCCUUACGCUGGAUAGCAAUUUCGACCGUGCAAGCAUUGCUAGUCUGACUUCCGGAUUCGUGGGUGCUGAUUUUGAUGUUUUGGCCAAGGAGGCUGGCAUGGUGUUAGCUCAGAGAAUUAUAUAUUCUAGAAAAUCAGGACUUUGUACCGACAUUGAUUCUUUGAUGAGGCAACCAAUCUCAGAGGAAGAGAGGAAACAACUUGUCUGCACUACCUCAGAUUUCAUGGAAGCUCUGAAAGAGGUUCAACCUACUUUAACUAGAGAAGGAUUCUCUACUAAGCCUAAUGUAACGUGGGAUGAUGUUGGUGGCCUUGAUAAUUUAAAACAGGAGUUCUAUGAACAUGUAAUUCGACCAUUAAAAUUUCCUGAACAAUGCAAGGGAUUUGAAUUUUGUUUAGAGACCGGAUUUUUGCUCUUUGGACCACCAGGGGUUGGUAAGACGCUAGUUGCGCAGGCUGUUGCUAAUGAGGCAGGAGCCAACUAUAUCCACGUUGAGGGUCCAGAGCUUCUAAGCAAAUAUGUGGGAGACACGGAAAAGGCUAUAAGGGAGUUAUUUAGUCGUGCUAGGAGGUGCUCACCAUGCAUAGUCUUCUUUGAUGAGGUGGAUGCUUUAACAUCAAAACGUGGUGAGCAAGGUGCUUGGGUUGUUGAACGAUCUUUGAUUCAGUUACUCGCUGAAUUGAGUGGUGGAAAAAAACGAGGAGGUGUAAUUGUGAUUGCUGCUACAAACAGGCCUGACAGGAUGGACCCCGCUGUUCAAAGGGCGGGCAGGUUUGGGAGACUAUUCUAUGUAACACUCCCAAAUGCUGCCCAACGUUUUUCAAUUCUGAAAUCUCUGGUGAGGGGUAUCACUGUUCCAAUUGACCCAACGGUUGAUUUAAAUGCCAUAGCGGAGCGUUGUGAGAAUUGUAGUGGUGCUGAUCUUAAAUCGUUGGUAAAUCGAGCGGCUUUUGCCGCCUACAGAGAUACUAGCUCAACCAGUAAGCGCAUAAUCAAGAUGGAUCAUUUUGAGCAAUCUUUGUCUGCACUCAGACCGUCUCUCACAAAUCAGGAAAGAAUAGCUCGGAUGAGUGCGGGGGAGAUCAAAGGAAACCGAUCAACCAUUGUCAGAGGUAAACGAGUUGAGUCUGCUGUUCAGAGUCUUAAGGAAGAAAUUGGGGAGCAUGUGUGUGUACCACCUUCUUCUACUGUUCUUUUGAGGGUAGAUAAAAUGACCUUAGAGGGUGGUGGUGGUGGUUCCGGCGACGGCGGCGGUGGUGAUUACGGCGACGACGGCGGUGGUGAUUCCGGUGACGGCAGCGGUGGUGGUUCCGGCGACGGCGGUAACAAUUCCGGCGACGGUGGUGGUGGUGGUUCCGGCGGCGGCGGCGGUGGUAGUUCCGGCGGCAGCGGUGGUGGUAGUUCCGGCGACGGCGGCGGCGGCGGUUCCGGCGGCGGCGGUGGUAGGGGUUCCGGCGACGGCGGCGGUGGUUCUGGCGACGGGGGAGGUGGUUGUCCGGCGACGGUGGUGGUUGUGAUGGUGGCGGGCUUAAUUCACGGCCGAAUCAUUGAAGGGAGGCGCUUCCAAUUUGUGUUUCCUACUGAAGAAUCCAUGGAGAUGGUGCUCCGCCGAGGACCAUGGGCCUUUGCGGAGAGAAUGGUGGUGUUACAGCGGUGGACUCCUCUCAUGCCGCUUCAGAUGCUUAAUUUCAUUCCUUUUUGGGUUCAAAUUCGUGGCAUCCCUUUCCAAUUCAUGCAUCAGGAAGUGGUGGCACAUAUUGGGAGUGAGUUGGGAAGACUGAUGGAUGUUGACUAUGAUCACACAGCGGUGCUCCAGGCCGAAUACGUCCGUGUUCGACUCAAUUGGGACGUGAAUCAGCCAUUAAGGUUUCAAAGGAACUUUCAGUUUACUCCUGGAGUCAAUACUCUACUGCGAUUUCGUUAUGAGCGGCUCCGUGGUUUUUGUGAGGCGUGUGGCCUCCUUACUCAUGACUCAGGAGCGUGCUUAAUCAAUGAUGGUGGUCUUCAUGGUUCGGAUGACGAUGAGGUGGCUCCGGUGGCUGUGGAUCCGGUGGAGGCUCCAGUGGAGAAUGGUGGAUAUGUUUUGCGUGAUGAAGAGCGUGGAGAUGACCUUGAUGGUCUUGCAGAGGCAGAGGCAAGACGUUUCCCUGCCAUUCAUGCUGCUGUGAUUGAAGAACCCUCUGAGUCAGAACAAUCUUCGGAUUCAGAACCUGAUUCGGAUUUAGACAUGGAAAUUGAGGUUGGCUCUGCUUCUGGGUUGGUUUCACACAAACGUAAGCGACAAUUUGAAGGUGAGUUUGAUGGUCAGAAGAACAAGAGUGCUUCGCGAGGCCGAGGAGAAGGCAGUAGCUCCGGUCCCAAAGACUCAGAUGAAGAUGGAGGCGCGGAUUUAGCUCACACUGGUGAUCGAUUUUCUUGGGCUGAACAAAGAGGAGAUCACUUUGUCACAUGUUGCCUUGAUAGAACUAUGGCAAAUUCUGCUUGGCAUACACUGUUUCCUUCCUCAGAGACACAAUUUUUGGAAUUUGAUGAAUCUGAUCAUCGGCCAUUAGUUACUCGCUUCUUGGAUACUACCACCACUCGUAGAGGACACUUUCAAUAUGAUAGCAGAUUGCUCUUACGGGAAGGUUUUCGUGAAACUGUUCUGCAAGGUUGGACUGGUGAUGAUCGUAUUCAGACAAGCCAUCAGGAUCUUACAACCAGGAUUUCUAGAUGCCGCAAACAAAUUUCGCAAUGGAAAAGGAGUGAUGCUGCGAUUGGUGAAGUGGCAGUAGGUUAUUUUCAAGAUUUGUUCAAGAAAUCAUCAUCCCCUGAGGACUACCACGACCAAGUCUUUGAAGAUUUCCAACCAAGAGUGUCAUCAGACAUGAACAGAGAGCUUCUGAAACCAAUCACAAACCAAGAGAUCCAUAAUGCAGCUUUUGCUAUUGGGCCACACCGUGCUCCAGGCCCAGAUGGGUUCUCUGGGGCCUUUUAUCACCAAUUCUGGGAUGAUAUUAGCCCUGCGAUAUACCAGGAAGUCACUAGAAGUUCUGUCUCACUUGAUGACUAAAGCGGCACAAGAAAGGAAACUGCAUAGA